ACGUGUCUAUUAAUCUCCUACACAACUAAUAAGUUUCCUUCUGAAUAUGUUCCUACGGUAUUUGAUAAUUAUGCCGUUACAGUCAUGAUUGGAGACGAACCAUAUACGUUAGGUUUGUUUGAUACAGCUGGUCAGGAAGAUUACGAUCGCCUUCGUCCACUUUCCUAUCCUCAAACAGACGUUUUCCUUGUCUGCUUUUCUGUAACUUCACCUGCUUCCUUUGAGAACGUUAAAGAAAAAUGGUUUCCUGAGGUUCACCAUCAUUGCCCUGGUGUUCCAUGUCUAAUCGUUGGUACACAAAUAGAUUUGCGAGAUGAUCCUAUGACGGUUGAAAAGCUAUCGAGACAAAAGAUGAGACCCGUAACUUCAGAGCAAGGUGAUAGACUCGCCCGAGAAUUAGGAGCCGUCAGAUAUGUGGAAUGUUCAGCAUUGACGCAAAAAGGUUUGAAGAAUGUAUUUGAUGAAGCCAUUGUUGCAGCUCUGGAACCACCGGUCACUAAGAGACAACGCAGAUGUUUACUUCUGUAG